AGGUGGGGAUCAGGGGCUUGAGCCCAGGUUCUUGUACACUGACUUUUUUUUUUUUAUGAGACAGAGAGAAAUUGACAGAGGAGCAGGAGAAGAAGAGGAAGGAAGAGAGACAAAUAAACACCUGCAACACUUCUUCACUGCUCCUGAAGCCACCCACCCACAGGUGGGGGGGGGACCAGGGGCUUGAGCUCAGUUGGUAAUAUGCAUGCACUUGGUAAUAUGUGAGCUCAACCAAGUACUCCACCACCCAGCACGUACAGAUUGAUCUUUUAAAGACAAAUUUAUAUAUUAACAAGACAGUGAGAACUAGAGCAUCACUGGAACAUGUGAUACCAGGAUUAGAACUUAAGACUUUCUGCAUGCAAGUUCAGUGCUCUAUCCACUGUACUACCUCAUAAGCCACACCUGAAACUGAUUUUAUGGACAGAAUUGACAUGAACAUUGUUUCAAUUUGAAAGAUUUUUACUUACUUAUUGAUGAGGUAGAAGGGUAGAUUAAAAAAAAAAAGUAAAUAGAGCAUUACUGGCACAUGCAUUUCCAGGGACUGAACUCAGGACCUCUUUAUCCACUGUGCUGCCUUGCAGACCACUGCCCCAGGUAUUUCUCUGGAACCUUAGGCAUUAAAGUCCUUUUGAAUAGUCAUUAUGCAAAAAACAUUAUUUUCUUACCAUAGCACUGCUGGACUGUGGCUUAUGGUGGUAUGAGGGGUUGAACCUGGGACUUUGGAAUCUCAGGCAUUAAAGUCUUUUUGCAUAACAAUUGUAUUUUCUCCCCACUCACCCAGGAAUUUCUUAAAAGUCCCCAAAUGCUUUUAAUAUCAAGCUUAACUUGAAAAGUCAUAAAUAUGACUUCUUUUUUAAAAAAUAUUUUAUUAAUGAGAAAGCUAGGAGACAGAGAGAGAGAGAACCAGACAUCAUUCUGAUACAUGUGCUGCCUGGUAUUGAACUCAGAACCUCAUGUUUGAGAGUCCAGUGCUUUAUCCACUGUGCCACCUCCUAGACCACAUAAAUAUGACUUCUAUGACUAAAUUCAUAAAAGACUGAAUUGUGCAAAUCUUUUGAAUAAAUUCUUUUUAGUGUAUUUAAUAUUAAAAUGAUCACAUACAUUUGCAAAGAUACAGGAAAACUAUUGCCCAAUACAGUUGUAACUAUUGAACAUUAGAAAUAACCAAACACCCCCUCAGUAGUCAGGCAGUUUAAAUACAAUAUGGUGAGUUUGUAUCUAUACUGUUGGACAACCUGUCUAGCAGAUUCAUGCCUAUAUCUUCUUCCCUAUACACCAAUCCCCCUCAUGUCUAUCUCAUUAGUCUUUGACCCCUGAAACUUCUCCAGCAAGUAGCUGAACACUGAUUUUGGAUUUUACAGAGUGACCUCACUAUUGAGAGCCUGGGAGAUGCAUACCUCAUAUAAGUAUGGCAAAGGACCUGGCUUCACAGGCUGUGUGACCUGUACCCUGGAAAGACAGUGGAAGGAGAAGACAGUGGCCUAAAAGAGAGGGAAUCCUGAGGCCAAACAUUUUAGAUGCUGGCAUCUAGGUAUAGGAGGGUAGGAAGCCUGUGAAGGUCCAUCCACGCUGAGGGCAGAGGCAAGAGGCCUGUGGAUAGAAAGUCCCACAUGUAAGAGGUGUCCUCAGUGCUGCAGGGUCACAGACUGUGAAUUACAUCACAAAGUGUGAGCUCCCUGCAGGGGUGUGUGCAGGGGGUAGGUAGGACAACCUCUCAUGAGGGCAUAGGCACAGACUGGGAGUGCUGGAGACCUGAAAGAACACAGACAGGGGCUCCAGGAAGAGCCUAACCUACCAAGAGUAAGGGGUACUGCCUAGUAGCCGCUGUUGUGGUAAGAUCUCUGAGUUUGCAGGGGCAGUAGCAGCUACCUUACCUCACACCACCGCAGCUCCGGUGCCCAGAAGGAGGCUCACCUACCCACCUGAGUGAAGAUGACAGGUCCCCAGGGGUCCUGCCUGCUCCUACUUGCCCUUGUGGUGGUCCUGGUGAUCAGCAUAGACCCAGACAAGAAUAAGAUCAAGGUGCUGAGGGAAUUAAAAGUCAUCAAUGCUUCCAAUGCCAAUGUGAAGCAGUGUCUCUGGUUUGCCAUGCAAGAAUACAACAAAGAGAGUGAGGACAAAUACCUCUUCCAUGUGGUGAAGAUAGUACAAGCCCAGCUGCAGGUCACGGAUCAUUUGGAAUACUUUCUUGAUGUUGAAAUUGCCCGCAGCAAUUGCAAAAAACUUUCAAACAAUAAUGAAAACUGUGUCAUUCAAGAAAAUGUCAAACUGGAAAAGAGAGCAGUUUGCAACUUUUUGGUGAGUGCUCUUCCCUGGAAUGGGGAAUUCAAUGUGAUGAAGAAGAAGUGUGUGGAUGCCUGAUGGGCUCUGGAGCAUGUCUCUAUCUUCAGUGUCUACCUUCCUUGUAAAGAGUAAAGGCACAUGGCAGUAUUCCAA